AUGGCGGUUUGUGGCGGGAUUUCGAUUAAUCGACUGGUAAGUUGAGUAUUUUCAUUGAGUUUUGGUGUUUUUAGGUUAAUAUUUGAAGGGAAAUGAGGUGUUUUGAAGGUGAAACUCACUGUUAUAGAUGUAAUAAGGGCUUUUUUGUUUAAUAUAAUAUGAAUCUUGAGGUUUUACGUUGAAAACAUAAAAAUGUUGAGGUUUAUCUUGUCUAUGAUAUCAAAAUUUUGAUUUUGAUGGUUAAGAUAUGAAUUGAAUGGUUCAUUAGAGUUUUAUAACAGUAAAGUUAUUUGAAUUUGACAGAGGAAGGUCUUUUUUGAUAAAUGUAAAAUGAAUUUUGCGGUUAUACAUUGAGGAACCUCAAAAUAUUGGGUUUUAUCUUAUUUAUGAUAGCAACGUUUCGAUUUUUCAAAGUUUAGUUGUUAAAACAGGGAAGUUACGUUAAGAACGGUUAAAGUGAAUAUAUAAAAACCAAAAUAUAACAUCUCAAGUUCAAACUAUCUUUAUUUUAGUUUGUAUACACUUUUCUAUUGGCAGCAGCACUCAUUUUCCUUGUGGUAACCAAAUACGACAAUUCAUGGGAAGGCCGAGCCACACCAUCAGUUCCACUUUUUAAGCAGAUGGCAGCAGAUGAUUGGACAGUAAAACAAGCUGAUUUAGAAGCCGAACAAAAGCCAUUAGCGAUAGAAGACAUUGAGAAGAGUUUGAAAGAUCAACCAGUCGAAAGUUUAGCCGAAUUCGAGAAAAAACUGGAUAAAAAUUCGAAGUUAGCGGAUUUGAAGAAGGAUAAGUUAGCUGGAGUAGUAAAGCUUGAUAAGAACAAGACUUUCAAAGGUCAUAAUGCCACUUUGGAGAGGUAUUUAGUGGCCGGUGAGGUGAAUCGGACAAAUUACCCGAAACGGCUCAAUAUGGGAGUAUGUCAACCUUUAUUUGGCAAAGUUGUGGUGUUUGUGGCUUAUAUGAAGAGUAGUUAUGAAACGUAAGUUAUUUUGGCUUUUCGUGAAGUUUUUAAAUAUUAAUGGUGUUUUGUUACCUAAAAUAAUAUAAAAAGGAUUUUUGUGUGUUUUGUUGUCUAAAUCAAUGUGAAAAUGAAUUUUCUUUGUGUUUUGAUACCUAAAAAAUAUAAAAUUGACUUUUUAUUACCUAAACUUUAUUUGGUACUUAAAAAAUAAAAUUUUCAGUCACUACCAAGUAGCUCAAGACUCCUUGAAGUGCUAUUUAGCAUCUGCCAACUACACAUUGCUUUUGGUCGAUUUGUACAAUGAUACUCGAGUUAAUGAUAACUGUCCUCAUGAUCAGCUUUUCUUCAAAAAACACUGCGCAGCUUCAGUAUAUCUGGAAGAUGCUGAUUGGAUGCUGGUUUUGGAUGCGGAUGCUGGAGUUGUGAAUCCGAAUCAUUGUAUUGAGGAGUAUAUUGAUGAUAGAGUGGAUUUGGUGUUUUAUGAAAGGUUUUUCAAUUGGGAAAUCGCUAGCGGCAAUUAUUUGGUGGGUUUUUUAUUUUAAUCUUACCCUACCUAAUACCAAGCUAAUUCUAGGUCCGAAACACUCCUUUUGCUCGUGAUUUUCUUCGCCGAUGGGCAGAUUGGCAGUAUACUCAACCAGCGAAUUGGAAUGGUGCUGACAAUGGUGUACUUCAAAUUCAUAUACUUCAAAGUGUAAUGCCUGGGGCAAAAGCUGAGAUUAAGGCUUGUGAAAGCAUAUGGCUACGUGGAACUGGAUACGAUACCUACAUGGCUUAUGUUACUUGUGUUAAGGUUAUGCUGGGUAAGGUUUUUGGUUUUUCGGGUUGGCAAUGGUAAGAUAUUUGGGUUUUAUUGUUUUUAAGAUAUUGGGUUUGGUCAGAUUAUUGAAAGUCAAAGGCUUUUUUUAUCUUUUACCAUUAAUUUAGGUAAUAUUUUAGGUUUUUAAAGGUUAUAUUGUGUAAUAUAUAACUUUAUAAGUUCUUUAUGGCUAAAACAAUAUUUAUUUUGGUAGUAUUUAGUGUAAAUUUGUUUGAGGAGAGUAGAGAUACGAGCUUUAGCCUUCAAAUAUUUACUAAAAUAAAUGGUUUAGGAGCACAACGAAUAUGGCCAGGUAAAAUCAAAAUAGCCAGAAGAGCUCACAGCUUCAUCAGAGAUGGAUAUUUAACAACGGACAAAUGGUCAGAGUACGACUUUAUGCUACAUGGAUGGAAAGCACAAGCCAUUGGUGCUGAUGGGUGGGAAUCACCAUACUCGGUAUGGGGUUUUUGAAGUUUUUGAAACAUGAAAUUGUUUACCUACUACAAUAUAAGGAUAUACAUGUUAUAGGGUCUGUUAAAACAUGAUAUCAUAACGUUUCUGCUAAUUAAAAUAAUAUAAACCUAUAAAUGUUUCAUCACUUAUUAUAACAUAACACUUAAAGCCAAAUCAUAUCUUCAGCAAAUGUUCAACCUAACAGAAUGUGGCAAAGGCUACUCUGGCUGGCAUUACCGUCUCAAUAAGCGGGUUUCAUACGAAGUGAUACGUCAAGAGCUAAGUAAUUUUGAAAAAAUGAGCGGCACCAACUUUCCGAAGGAUGCUAGAGUACAUCCAUACCUAUCGGAGCCGGAUAUUGGAGAAUGUUACCCGCAUUGUGAUGAUCAAACCUAG